AUGGACAAGACUUUGAAUGGGAAGGUAAUUGCAGUCACCGGCGCUGCGUCGGGGAUAGGAAAAGCUACAGCUAAGCUGCUCGCAUUAAGAGGUGCGACAGUGUCCAUCUGCGACAUCAAGUCAUCCGAGUUGGACCAGGUCGCCACGGAGAUAACGAACGCUGGAGGCAAAGUAUUAUCCGCUGUGGUUGACAUUCGAGAUGACUCUCAAGUUGUUCAAUGGAUUGAAAAGACAAUUCAGCAAUUUGGUCUUCUCCAUGGCGCCGCAAACAUUGCCGGAGUCGUACCGAAGAGGUUCGGCAUCGAUCGGGUGGAGGAGUUGGACGAAGAAGACUGGAACUUCACCAUGGAAGUCAAUCUGAUAGGACUUCUACACUGUCUGCGAGCUCAGAUGCAGGCAAUGUCGCAUCCCGGCGCGAUUGUGAAUAUGUCGAGUGUGAUAGGGUUGACCGGCAUGGACAGAAAUGCGGCCUACUGUGCUUCAAAACAAGCCGUUAUUGGGCUCAGCAAGUCCGCUUCGAGAGAAUUGGGACCUCGCGGAUCCAGAGUGAACGUGAUAGCACCGGGUCCUAUUGAUACUGCCCUCUUAGCCGACCGGUACGUUCCGGAUGAUUUGAAGAAAAAUACACUGGCACCCCGUGGCUCCUUGAAGCGGGUAGGAAGACCUGAGGAGGUAGCUGAGAUGGUCGCCUGGCUACUUUCCGACGCGUCCUCGUAUGUCACUGGCUCAGUUCAGAUCAUUGACGGAGGAUGGAUGCAUUGA